CUUCAUGUGUGGACCUGAACAUACAGCGAUGUGAUGCAUUAGUUGUGUCUGCUGUUAUCUUCUCAUCAGUCAGGACAACAAAGAUGCCUCCUACUGAAGUCCGUGGCACCCAACUGAGUCAACAAAAAAACCAAAUCCUUUAAAAACAACGAGGUGACAUGGCGUCUCAGUUCCUCAAGUAUGCGGUGCUUCUUCAGAAGUACAGGACUCCGCUGAUUGUGGCGAGCUGCGGCGGGGUCUUUGCAGCCAACAUGUUCUACCACGUUUUCCCCGACAUCUCCUACCGUCAGCUCUAUCAGGCCUGGUCUAAAGGAGAACCGGUCACGCUGUCUGAGAAGCUCCAGGAUGUUUUCCAGCAGGUGUUGAAGGACUAUGGUGUCAGCUCACCCAAGAACUUCUCUGCCUUCGCCUCCUUUGGGUUUCAUCCUGUUGGUGCCGGUGUCCCUUGGCUUUCUGCCGGGGCCCAAAUCGGCAUCCCAGCAAACUUUAACAGCACGCCCGAUGACUCCAGCGGAAUCACCAACCGCACCAUUUUCAUCAACGGCAAAAAGGUAGAAUGGAGCAGCGAUACUGGCUCGGCUCUGCAGGAGGCACUGGUGUUUUCCCGGGAUGCACAGAAGUUUGCCAUCGCACGAGAAGUGGCCCGCUUGCAGUCCGGAGGACCUGUCAUGAGUGCAGCUGUUGCCCCGGUCUGCCUGGGCGGGGUUUGGGUGUACAGCGUGCUAAUGAAGCAGUUGUUUGGGAUCCACGUUGGGCCUCCACUGCUUCGCGGCGGUGUGAACGUUCUGGCGCUGGGGCUCGGAGCCGUGUCCUACUUCCUCACCUCGGAUGCCGUCAGCCGGUGGAUUGACUAUAACGCGGACCGGCGUGCGGCGGGAGUGUCCCGUGAUUAUGCCAAAGGAGGGGUGGAGUUUUACGAUAAGAUUCUGUCCAGAAACAAGACACUGCGCACCCUGAUGGGGCAGAAGGGAGAAGAGAUGUAUGCUGUGAAUGGGAACUUGUUUCCUGCUAACCUCCUCCAGCUGAAACACACACCGUACACAUCCAGGAGGGACGGGAUCCUCACGCUGCUGAGAGAGGAAAAAGCUUGACAAGAAGAAUGAUACCUGAACCUGUUAUGACUGUUGAAAAAUUGCAGUUUAGGAGUGUUCUUGAGCUUUUUUUAGAAGCAAAAAAUCCUGGCCAAAGAUACUUCUUAUAUGUCAUCCCAAGUGUGAUGAAGGUCAUUUUGUGCGUUUUAUAAAUCCUGAAGUGUGGAACAAUACAAAUGACAGGACUUCUUGUCUUGUAAUGUUCUGGGGUGUCAAAUAUUCAGUGACCAGCACAACUGGUGACGUAUUUAUCCAACUAAAGACAUGAUUUAGUUGGUCACUCAAUGUAAAAAUAAACAUUUUUGAA